AUGUCUGCUAUUGGAUCUUUGAUUUUCUGCACCGAUUGCGGUAACUUGCUGCGUGAAUCAACCGGAGAUUCUAAUGCGAUUCUGCACUGCACAGUCUGCGGAACUCGCAAUAAAGAUACCAUUCCCCAAACUAUUGUCUCCGAGUCCAAGCCCUCUGCGUUCCCAUCCGCUCUUAGAGCCAAGCGAUCUGCAGUCCAAACUCUGUCAGCCGAAGAUCGAAAGACCGAGGCUAUCACCCAGCACACCUGCAAUCAAUGUGGAAGGAAGGAAAUGUUUUACACCACGGUUCAACUGCGUAGUGCUGAUGAAGGAAGUACCGUGUUCUACCGCUGUGUCUGUGGUUACAAGUAUGUCAUCCUCCACCGUUCAUGA